UCCGUUUUUGCGACCCUACUGUAUAAUGUUGUUAGUACCCGUAUAACAGAUAUUAAUUUAAUAAUCAGUAUAUAUUUUAAUUGUUUUUUACUUUGUUUUUGAUUAUUUUAAUCAUUUAUAAACCUAAAAUGAAUAAUACGAAUAAAGAACCAUUAAGAAAAGCGGUCCAUAAAAAUCCUCCAGGAAAGGCAGUGGGUGUCCGUAAAAAGAAAAUGCUAAUGAAUAUGUACAGAAUGAAAAUUAAAAAUGAACCCAAUCUCAAAUUCUCGAAAUUAACAAAAGCAUUAUCCCAAGAAACAGGCAUCGGUAUUCAAACAGUAAGAAAAACUGUGCGUAAAUAUUGGGAUGGACAAGCUAUAACAGUAAAAAAAAGAAAAAUUCGACCAACACUAUUUGAAAAAAUUGACAAUUUCGAUAAAUGUUUAAUUCGCCAAAAAAUACAUAGUUUUUGGUUUAGACACGAAAUACCAACUUCAAAAAAUAUAUUAUUCACCAUAAAUAACGAUCCCGAUCUUCCAUCACUACAAUUUACCUCAUUAAAAAAACUAUUAAAAGAUUUAAAUUUCGAUUACACAAGAUGGAAUCGAAAUAGAUGUGCUCUUACGGAAAAAAAAGAUAUUGUACUAUGGCGUCGAAAAUAUCUAGAAGAUAUACGGCGUUACCGAAAAGAAGGUAGGACUAUUUAUUAUUUGGAAGAAACGUGGGUCAACAUUGGAAAAUAUUCUCAAGAUGAAUUAUUGGAUGAUAAAGAGCCACCUGGAAAUAGCAAACGAUUAAUUGCUUUACACAUUGGAUCAGUCAAUGGUUUCGUUGAGGGAGGGCUUUUAUGCGUUGAGCCGAAAAAUAAUAUGUCUAGCUACCAUGAAAACAUGAAUGGUGACAUAUAUUAUGAUUGGUUCCGUGGUAUUUUGCCUUUACUCGAAGACAAUUCUGUUAUUAUCAUGGAUAAUGCGUCACACUAUUCUGUAGCAAAUCGCGUACCCACCAUGUCCUGGAAAAAGGAUAGUAUUUUAAAAUGGUUGGAAGAUAAAGGUUUAGUACUCGAUAGACCAAUGGUAAAGUUUCAAUUAAUUGAAAAGGCGAAGGAGUUAAGAAAUACAGUUGAUAUAUAUAGAAGAAGUAUACAAGAAGCAAUAAAUUAUAAUAAGGCUAUUCUUCGUUUACCACCGUACCAUAGUGAAUUGAAUCCAAUACAAUUAGCAUGGUCGGCUGUAAACGAUUACAUGAAAACGAAUAACUGCACAAGUUAUAAGUUGGAUGAUAUAUGUCAACUAAUUAAUGACGGAGUUAAGCUAGUAACGCCCGAGAUGAUGGCCAAUUUCGUCGAUCAGUCAGUAAAAGAAGAAGACAAACUUUGGGACCUUGAUUUUAUUAUCGAUGAAAUGUUGGAAGAAGCUGUAACUGCAUCGUCUGCAUCAAAUACUGGAGUAACCAUAAACUUGGUUUCGUCUUCCGAAUUAUCCGAUAAUAUGAGUGAUUAAUGUUUUAUAUUAAUCAUUGUAAUCUACUUACUAAUAAU